UUCAGUUUUUCAAGUUAAAACAUGAAGUGAGUAAUAGGUUAGGCUGUAAUCCCUGUAUUGGAAAAAACAGUUUGAAAAAUAAUGUGUUUAUGAACACUAUAAUGUAUUAACAUUAAUUUCGUUUGUGUUUUCAUUCAUUGUAAAAUUCUUAUUAAUAGGGAAUGAAAUUUGAUGCGUGAAGAUGUCAGUUAAAUCGGACGUAAAAAUUGAAAUUAAUGACUCUGACGAUAAAAAUAAUUUAAAUGAGCCGUCCACAAGCGUGAGUUGUGAAGAGGUACCAAAAUUGGAGGAGUUACCGGACAGUGCUGUGAAAGUAGCCAAACAUGAUGCUGCUUCGGGGGAUACAGCUUCUCCUCAAAUUGAUGAUGAAGUUGACAGCGAGGAGACUGUUGAUAUUCGAGUAGAGGGGAUGACAUGUCAGUCCUGUGUAAAAACAAUCCAAGAUGGGAUAAGUCAAAAAGCUGGCAUACAUCGGAUAUCGGUAUCUCUGGAGAAGAAGCAAGCCCAUGUCGUUUACAAUGCCAAUGAGCUGAACGCACAAGACGUGUGUGAUGCAAUAGAAGACAUGGGCUUUGAAGCAUCGCUCUCUUUGAAUCCAGAGGAAAGCGUCUGCAAGAUUAAUGUUGAGGGAAUGACAUGCAUGUCCUGUGUCAACAAUAUUCAGGGUAUGAUAUCAGGGAAGAAAGGAAUAAUAUCGAUAAGUGUAAGCUUAGAAACAAAAGUAGCAGAUGUGAAAUUUAGGCCGAAUGAAGUAGAUGCUGCGACAAUUGCUGAGUGGAUUGAUGAUAUGGGCUUCGAAACCAGUGUGAUGGACGUCAACGAUGUCCCUUUUAAUAAGACUAAUUCGGUUAGAGCCAACGGUGCAACUAAUAAAGUGAAGGACAAACAUAAAAGAGGUUCAAACCAGAAUUUAGAAGAUUUAGAUAUAGAAUUGAAGAAAUGCUUUCUGCAUGUGACAGGCAUGACUUGUGCCUCAUGUGUUGCAGCUCUAGAAAAGCAUUGUUACAAGUUACCAGGUGUUCAUAGUGUAUUAAUAGCUCUUUUAGCUGCCAAAGCCGAAAUCAAAUAUGAUCCGAAUACAGUGAAACCCGCAGACAUUGCGUCAUCAAUAACAGAGCUCGGCUUCCCAGCAAAUGUUGUUGAUGAGAUGGGGAGUGGAGAAGGAGUCGUAGAAGUCAAGGUAAGCUCAACAUGCUUUAAAUGUGAACUUAUAUACUUAUUAUUCCAUAAGAUAAAAAUUGAUAAAUUAAAUAAUAAGAAUACCAAUAACAGGUACUUCGGCAAGGAUUUCCUAGUCAUGUUAUGUUUUGUUGUAAUAUUGGUUAUUUUUUGCAGGGAAGAAAUCAGUAAAUGGAAAAGAUCGUUUUUGAUUUCGCUGAUAUUCGGUGGACCAUGCAUGAUUGCGAUGACUUAUUUUAUGAUGGGAAUGUCACUAGGAUUCAUUCCCCACGAAUCGAUGUGCUGCAUAUUACCAGGAUUAUCAUUAGAAAAUCUCAUCAUGUUUCUACUCUCUACACCUGUGCAGUUCUUCGGAGGAUGGCACUUCCACUGCCAGGCGUGGAAGGCGCUGAAGCACCACACAACCAACAUGGACGUGUUGAUCAGCAUGGCGACGACUGUGAGCUACGUCUACUCGGUGAUAGUGCUCGGUCUGGCCAUGCUCAGUCAGCGCCACACCAGUCCGCUCACAUUCUUCGACACGCCGCCCAUGCUCUUUGUCUUCAUAUCGCUCGGCCGCUGGUUGGAGCAUGUCGCCAAGGGUAAAACAUCUGAAGCACUUUCAAAGCUACUGUCUUUGAAAGCUACUGAAGCUGUUUUGGUUUCGCUUGGAAAAGAAAUGGAAAUUCUGUCAGAAAAGCAAAUCUCUGUUGAUCUGGUUCAAAGAGGUGACAUACUCAAGGUGGUUCCGGGAGCCAAAGUGCCAGUUGAUGGGAGAGUUAUUUUCGGACAUUCCACGUGUGAUGAAUCCCUCAUCACCGGUGAAUCACUGCCAGUUCCUAAAUCAAAAGGUAACGUACUUAUCGGCGGCUCGAUCAACCAGAACGGCCUGCUGCUGAUGGCGACGACGCACACGGGCGAGGCGACCACCCUGGCGCAGAUCGUGAAGCUGGUGGAGGAGGCGCAGACCAGCAAGGCCCCCAUCCAGCAGAUGGCCGACAGGAUAGCCGGCUACUUUGUGCCAAUGGUCGUCAUUGUCUCCUCCAUCACACUUGUAGCUUGGCUCAUCGCCGGCAAUAUUGAUGUCAACUAUAUCCCUAUCACCGAUCACGAGAAGAUGGGGCUGAGUGAGACGGAGAUUGUGGUGCAGUACGCGUUCAGAUGCGCACUGAGCGUGCUGGCGAUUGCCUGCCCAUGCGCGUUGGGGCUGGCCACGCCCACCGCUGUCAUGGUUGGCACGGGGGUGGGGGCGCUAAACGGUAUACUCAUCAAAGGCGCUGAGCCCCUCGAGAACUCACACAAGGUUAACUCUGUAAUAUUCGACAAGACUGGCACAGUGACUUACGGAACACCAAUGGUGUCAAGAUUGUGUCUUUUCGUUGAAGAAUCUGUUUGCUCUAUUGGAAAGCUUUUAGCCGUUGUCGGUACAGCCGAAAUCAACAGUGAACAUCCAAUUGCCUCAGCGCUUGUUCAAUUUGUGAAAGACACUCUGAGAGCAGAGAUAACUGGCAAAUGUUCAGACUUCCAAACAGUUCCUGGAUGUGGAUUGAGGUGUACGGUCUCGCAUGUCGACAAAAUGCUAGAUGCUGCCCGUAUGUCCGAGCGAGUCAUCAAUUUCUCCAAUCAAACAAGGAGUCCUAAUACGCUACUGAUGUUGAACAAUAUCUCGGUGGAUAUAGCUUUACAACAACAAUCUACCUCAUCAAAUCAGUCAACACAACUGGAGAAAUUCCUCAACAUUGGAUCUGCCAAUGCGGCUGAUGAAGUCAACGAGUACAAGGUUAUAAUUGGUAACAGAGAAUGGAUGAAGAGGAAUGGAAUAAAUGUGCCAAUAGGCGCCGAUAUCCGAAUGACAGAUGAAGAAGAAUUGGGACACACUGCCGUAUUAGUCGCCAUAAAUGGCGUUCUCAUUUCAAUGUGGAGUGUAUCAGACAUUGUGAAACCAGAAGCUCAUUUAGCAAUGUAUACAUUGAAAAAACGAGGGCUGGAUGUGAUUUUACUCACAGGAGACAAUAAAAAGACUGCUCAAGCUAUUGCUUCCCAGGUUGGUAUUCGUAAGGUGUACGCAGAGGUGCUGCCUUCGCACAAAGUGGCGAUGAUCCAGAAGCUGCAGGAGAGCGGGAAGCGGGUGGCGAUGGUGGGGGAUGGGGUCAAUGACUCCCCCGCUCUGGCGCAGGCCGAUGUCGGCAUUGCCAUCUCAUCAGGCACUGAUGUCGCCGUCGAAGCUGCUGAUGUCGUCCUCAUGCGAAACGAUCUGCUAGACGUGAUCGGCUGCUUGGAACUGUCACGGAAGACUGUACAGAGAAUAAGGCUGAACUUCCUCUUCGCCAGCAUGUACAACCUGAUUGGCAUUCCAGUGGCGGCGGGUGCUUUCAGCAUGUUCGGAUUUUCACUGCAGCCGUGGAUGGCUUCAGCAGCUAUGGCGUUGAGUUCUGUGUCAGUAGUCGCCUCAUCUUUAAUGUUGAAAUUGUUUAAAAAACCAACCAGAGAAACCCUAACUACUACCGAUUACAUAGAAAUUAUGGAAGCAAAAUGUGGCGGACAAGAAUUGGAAACCAUUUCCAUUCAUAGAGGAAUAGAUGAUGUCGACAGACCAUCAUUCAGAAAUUCCACCACCAGUAUUAUAAGCAGAUUUUUCAAUAACCGAUCCAGAACCGAGCUUGAAGGUCACUUACUUGGCGAAGAAGGGGAUGAUGGUGAAUAUAGUAUAAAUUUUGAAGGUUACCGUGGGAGUAAUAGAAAACUAAAUAUUAGUACUACGCCAAUUUAAAUAAUAAUUUUUUUGAUAAAGUUUCCAAUGAGUUUUCAAGUGCUUAAAAUGUUAUAUUCUAUGAACAAACUAUAUAAAAUUUAAUCAGCGAUUGGUACUAACUUAUUUUACAUCACUUAUUGUAAAUGUAACAAGGUGUGUUUGUGUAUUUAUACGCAUUUGACAUUUAUAAAUUUAAUUGUGAGAACAGUUUCUAAAAAUAGAAUCGUAUUAAAAAACAUUGUUCAAACUGAAUCUUUAUUUUCUCAAAUAUCAAGUUUCAGUUGAAUGGAUGAAUAAUAAAUAUUAUAGUUUUGAACGGACUUGAAUUUUAUUCAACCUAAAUGAAUAAUGAACUUCAUUUCCAUAAAACAAUCAUGAAUACUUCAGGUUCAACACAAACUUGAAAACAGUGUGAUUAUAGUUUUUUGAAUUCACAUUCUCAAAAUUUAUGUGUUUAGAAAGUUUCAAACUUAUGUUAAGUUGAUUGGUCAAUUGAAUAAUAUGCUAGUAUUUCUAGCUGCAGGCUUGUAUUUUCCAAGCAAAUACAAAAAUGAUUAAUACUUGUGCACAAGUUUGAUUGAAUCAAACAAAAUUUUCUAAAUCUAUUAUUGUUCAUUCUUUUUUGUUGUUGAAGAACUUUCAACUUCUGAUAGAGUGGUUAAAUAAAUAUAUUUCAAGUAUCAGUUUUGUAUUUCACGAAAUAGUAGUUACCUUACUUUGAUAAUUCAACCACCUAUGUUAUCCUCAAUCUUGAGUAACAUUAUAAAUCAUCAUAUUAUAAUUAUUAUUUAUAUUAAAAUGUUGAUUGGAUGUUAGUUGCAAACUGAAUUAACUUCCAAACUUUGUUAUCUAAUAUAUAUUUUGAAUAAAAUGAGACUGAUGUGUUUAGAAAACCAAACAGCAUAACUUACAGUUGUUAACCAUGACCCAUAAAUUAAUAUAUUAAGUACUGUAUGCUGUUAUAUUACCAGGCCUAUAGAGCUAUAAACCUACUGUAUUUCGAAUAAUGAUAAUCAUUGAAAAUAUAAAAUUUUUCUACUGAUUCCUCUUUACUACAUCUUCCCUUUUUAAUAAUUUUUUGUGAAAUAAUAAUUUUAGUUUAUCACUCUCCAUUUUUGAAGUCCACUACAUUUCUUCCAUGCUGGAAGAUUUUGUAACCAUAAUUUUUUUCUAUUUUAACGUCGUCACAAUCCAUUAAUUCCAUCCUGAUUCUUAUUAUUCAAAACAAUCAUAUUCUAUUUUUGUUAAGUAAUAACAUUUACUUAUCGUAUAUUUUAGAGUUUUAUUCACGGUACUUCAUGUUCACUUCGUCAACUUGGAAUGAAUAUGAAUAAUAUUCAUAUUCAUUCCAAGUUGGAGAAAUAUUUCAAUUCAUUACUGGUUAACUCUAGGCUAGUGCAAUUUUCUUAUAAUUCUGUAAUAUUUUCAAUUAUAUUAUCAUUCUAUUUUCAAUUCAAAACAUUGUUUUGCAUGCUAAAAUUGAU